CAGAGUUAAAACAAGAACUAAAGCUCAACCUCCAAAUGACGAAAACAAUCCUAAAAUUCAUCCAAUUUUCUUUCUACACCAUCCUCCUCCACCUCCUCUUCUUGAGCCACGCAAACCCUCAUCAGCUCAAUGAUCAAGAGCAAGCAGUCCUACUGAAACUGAAGCAACACUGGAAAAACCCACAGUCUCUCAGCCGAUGGAGUACCUCAUCAAACUCCUCCCACUGUAUCUGGCCAGAGAUCACCUGCAGUACCGAUGGCUCAUCAGUCACAGGACUAUCCCUCCAAAACAUGAGUAUCAACGGAACAGUCCCACCCUUCAUCUGUGACCUCAACAACCUCACAACCCUUGACCUUUCAUACAACUAUAUGACCUCAAAUGAGUUCCCACGACCUCUCUACAACUGCUCCAAUCUCCAAUACCUCGACCUGUCGCAGAACUACUUCGCCGGCACAGUCCCUGAUGACAUUCACCGCAUGGCUCAGCUUCGUCUGCUCAACCUUGGAGCCAACAUCUUCUCCGGAAACAUCCCAGCAUCCAUCGGGCAACUAACAGAGUUGAGAUCACUUCAGCUCUUCCAGGUUCCAUUUAACGGUUCUUUCCCGCCAGAAAUUGGCAACUUGUCCAAUCUCGAACAACUAGAAUUGGCCUGGAUGACGAGGAUCACAACAACGUUGCCUUCGGAGUUCACAAGACUGAAGAAACUGAAGUAUCUUUGGGUGGCAGGCUCCAAUUUGGUAGGAGAAAUCCCAAACACGAUUGGAGAAAUGGCGGCACUGAAGAAUUUGGAUUUGUCGAGGAACAAUCUGAGCGGGAAAAUCCCGAGUGGUUUGUUUAUGCUGAAGAAUUUGAGUAAAGUGUUUCUUUACAAAAACAAAUUGUCUGGGGAGAUUCCUCGGGUGGUUGAGGCUUCAAACAUAGAUGUUAUUGAUCUCUCCGAGAAUUACUUGAUCGGGACAAUACCUGAUGAUUUCGGAAGACUCACCAAAUUGUCGGGUUUGAGUUUAUUUAAAAAUCAAUUAUCUGAAAAAAUUCCAGAUAGCAUAGGUCGUCUUCCAGGACUGAUAAAUCUUAAACUGUUCAACAAUAAUUUAUCAGGUACUCUACCUCCAGACCUGGGGCGGUACUCUAUGCUUGAAGUUUUUCAGGUGGCGUCCAAUUAUAGGCUUACUGGCCAGCUACCACAACACUUGGGUGAUAAUGGAAGGUUAGUACGAGUGGUAGCUUCCGACAACAACCUCAGUGGUCAACUGCCCAAGUCGCUUGAAAAUUGCAAUAAUUUGAUAUUUCUUGAUGUUCAGAAUAAUAGGUUUUUCGGGAAUAUUCCUAGUGGCCUAUGGACAUUAUUGAAUAUGGGCAGCUUGCUGUUAAGCAACAAUUUGUUUACGGGUGAGCUUCCUGAAAGAUUGUCACGCAAUCUUUCUCGAUUAGAAAUUAGUCACAAUAGGUUUUCGGGUAAAAUUCUGGCGGGAGUUUCUUUCUGGAGGAAUUUGGUGUUUCUAGACGCCAGUAAUAAUCUCUUAAAUGGUUCAAUUCCUCGAGAACUAACCGCUCUUCCACGUUUAACAACUCUUUUGCUUGAUCACAAUCGACUCUCAGGCUCCCUUCCACCAGAUUUUUUAUCAUGGAAAUCGCUAAGUAUGCUAAACCUUAGCCGAAAUGCAAUCUCUGGACAAAUUCCAGAGGCAUUUGGUUCUUUACCAGGACUUACUGUUUUGGACCUCUCAGAAAACCAACUGUUUGGUGAAAUUCCAAGAGAACUUGGCCUCCUGAAGCUCACUUCACUCAAUCUCUCUUCGAAUCAUUUGACUGGGAGGAUACCAAGUGAAUUCGAAAAUGAUGCAUAUGCCAGCAGCUUCUUGAACAAUCCUCGUCUCUGUGCUAAUAGGCCGUCACUUAACAUUGCCAAAUGCAAUUCCAAACCCCAAAAUUCAAGAAAAAUUUCAUCCAAAUUACUUGCUUGGAUUAUAGUUUUACCAGCAGCUUUACUAGGUUUGGUAGCUUCAUUCCUUGUGAUUAGGAUAUAUCGAAAGAGAGAGCAGGUAUUGGAUUUGACGUGGGAGCUCACCUCAUUCCAGAGGCUGAAUUUCACAGAAUCUGACAUUUUGUCUAGACUGAUAGAUAAUAAUGUGAUUGGUAGCGGUGGAUCGGGAAAGGUAUAUCGUGUUGCUAUUAAUCCAUCUGGUGAAAUUGUCGCUGUGAAGAAGAUAUGGAAUAAGAAAAAGCUAGAACAGAAGCUUGAAAAAGAAUUUCUGGCAGAAAUAAAAAUACUGAGUUCAAUUCGACAUUCCAACAUAGUGAAGCUGCUCUGUUGUAUCUCUAGUGAUAAUUCAAAACUCCUUGUCUACGAGUAUUUGGAAAAUCGUAGCUUAGAUCUAUGGCUGCAUAGGAAGAGUAGUAGAGCAUCAACUAUCUCAGGUUCAGUCCAGCAUGUCGUCCUAGAUUGGCCUAAGAGGUUUCAAAUAGCAGUUGGGACUGCCCGGGGACUCUCCUAUAUGCACCAUGACUGCUCACCACCCAUUGUUCAUCGAGAUGUGAAGUCAAGCAACAUCCUUUUAGAUUCUGGGUUUAAUGCAAAAAUUGCAGAUUUUGGUCUAGCCAAGAUGUUGAUCAAGCAUGGAGAAUCUGCUACAAUGUCAGCUGUAGCUGGCUCUUUCGGCUAUAUAGCUCCAGAGUAUGCUCAGACGACACGAGUCAGUGAGAAGAUUGACGUUUACAGCUUUGGGGUUAUCCUUCUGGAGCUUGCAACUGGAAGAAAAGCUACUGAUGGUGAUGAGCACACAUCCCUUGCUGAAUGGGCAUGGCGGCACUUUCAACAAGGGGUCCCUGUAGUUGAUGCCUUGGAUGAGGAGGUGAAGGAACCCCGUUACUUGGAUGAAAUGUGCUUUGUUUUCAAACUUGGAAUCAUUUGUACAGGUACUCUGCCUUCUACCAGGCCCUCCAUGAAAGAGGUUUUGAAUAUUUUGAAGAAUACUGCAAGUUUGACAUCCACUGUUUGAUGCUUUUCCAAAUACCACGAGCAGAAACGUACGUUUUCAACAUUGUUUCAGAGAAAAUGAUGACUUACAUUUCGAAGGUGGAGUUAAGUAAAGAAAGCUUAUGGGAUUUGUAGAAUGUUGUAUAUAUGAGGGCUUCUUCGCUGUAGUUAUCUUAACUAGC